AUGUCUGGUCGCGGAAAGGGUGGCAAAGGUCUCGGAAAGGGUGGUGCCAAGCGUCACCGCAAGGUGAGCAUCGUUACUGUUUGCUCAGUAGUUGCGUUGGCACAUCUUAACACCGGCGAGACUCGAGCUUACACAUGUUCUUCCAAUCAUCGCUCCUUUCAGAUCUUGCGAGACAACAUCCAAGGUAUCACCAAGCCCGCUAUCCGUCGUCUUGCGCGUCGUGGUGGUGUCAAGCGUAUCUCUGGUCUCAUUUACGACGAGGUCCGAGGAUGCCUGAAGAUCUUCCUCGAGGGUGUGAUCCGCGACUCUGUCACCUACACGGAGCACGCCAAGCGCAAGACUGUCACUUCUCUCGACGUCGUCUACGCUCUCAAGCGCCAAGGCCGUGUUCUUUGUGAGUAUGACUACUAGCUUUGAUGAUGUCUCGGCGUGCAGUCUAAGGAUCCGUGCUGACCGCUGCUACUCUGUACUUUCCUUCUCGAUAGACGGUUUCGGUGCCUAA